AUGCUCGCAACGCCCGCCUCGCCAGUCAGGGAGAGACUCGGGGCCGAGGAAAGGGCAAACCUCCAAGCAAAGUCGCCCCCCAGGGAGCAGAUACCAAUAAAGUUCAACCCACCCUCUGGCCAACAGAUUAACAUUAGUGGCCGCGAAAUUAUCCGGCAGGGGUUUCAACUGAGAGGAAUAUCGGAUGAGGCGGUAGAGACCAUAAUCGACUCAAUAUCGACAGCUACGAUCAGCCAGUAUGCGUGUACUUACCGUCUAUGGUAUAAGUACUGUGAAGAGAAGCAGAUACCAGUAUUUCAGGCAAACGUCCUGCAGGUAUGUACAAAGCUGGAAAGUGUAAAAUCGAGGUAAUACUAGGUUCACAUUUUUUAAUGAAAAACUACGGUACACAAACUGGGAUAAACUAGCGUAAAAUAAAAAUCAUUGUUUACUGAACGGUCGCUGUUCCAGAUUCAAUUGAAUACAAUUUUAAUAAAAUGUUGCAGCAGUAUGCGGUGGAGUGGAAAGCUUUAGUUUUCCAGCAUGAACGCCCAAGUGCAAAUAUGUUUUUUAAAGUGAUAAGGUAAUGUAGCAUGAAAAAUUAUUUUUAACUGAAGCCGAUUAAAACAUUUGGACUACGGGUU